AUGAACGAGAACGACCAAAAGCCAGUCAUACUUCUAGUUCACGGUGCUUGGCAUCGACCUCUCCACUACCGUCUCCUCAUCCAAGCUUUUCAGCAACAAGGCUUCACUGUUCUUGCACCGCCGCUUGCAAGCUCCGGCUACGAUGAUUCGGUAGAUGGUAAGACAUACCACGAUGACGUAAAGAGAAUCCACGACGCUGUUCUGCCUUACAUGGACAACGGAAGAAACAUGAUUGCUGUUGGUCACAGCUAUGGAGCUAUCCCUCUUACCGUGGCGAUUGAAGGUCACAGUAUCGCAGAGAGAGAAGAGAGAGGCCUUCCUGGUGGCUUCGGCUCUGUGAUUUAUGUGGCCCCAACACCUGUCCUACACAAAGGCAUUUCUAUGUAUAAGGCUGCGGGCGAGCAUCGCAAGACACCAUUCUUUCAUGACGUAACAGACACACGUAUGCCACUUAAGCUGGAUAGGGUCAAAGAAGCAUUCUUCUCAGAUAUUGAUCAGAGCAUUGCGGAUGAGAUUAUCCCUACACUUUGUCAUCAAAGCAAAGCUCCCUUCGAAUUUCCUGUCGUUUGUACCCCAGCAGACUUGAAGAUUCCCAAGACCAUGGUUAUCUGCAAGAAUGAUCCCAUCUUCGGGAGGGAGAUGCUUUUGGGCGUGGCUCAGAAUUGGGUCGCUGACACUUUGGAGAUGGAAUCUGGACAUAGUCCGCACCUGGUGGAAGAGCACAGAAAGUGGCUCGUGGAGCUUUCUUUGAAACGGUCAACUAUGGCGUCCACUCCUUCUGGCAAUGUUGGAUCCACCAUCGAGGACCUUAUCUCCUCAUACUCGAUCCUCAUUUCCUUAGCACCGUGGCUCUCAACCCUUGACCUCUAUCAUCUCAGUCUGGCAAGCAAGUCAGCUUACGAGUACAUCCAAUCGUCACCAACAAUCUUCAAGUCGCUCAGUCGUCAUUGCCUCUGCGAUGGUCGUGGCCUCGCUACACGUCAAGCCUAUGCAAGUCCCUAUCACAGGAACCGUAUGGCCGGUCAAUCGACGCUGAGUCCUCAUCUCAAAGGCGACGAGGAGAUCGAAGUACGCUUAUACAACACCAAAUGCGAUGAGGCGGGUGCAUUACCGUGUUUAAAAUGCGAAAUUAACGUCUGUGAGGAAUGCCGAUGUUAUCCUCGUGCAGCUCCGCCGAGUGCAUAUCCGAAUCGCAGACCGCAUUUGAGAGGGAGUUAUGAGCUUGAUAAUAUCAUGUGCUUGUGUGAGGAUUGUGACGCCAAGACUGAGAAAGAAGUAUCAGGGAUGUUUCUGAACGAAAGAUGCGACUGUGAUGUUUAUACGAGGUGGAUUUGUGUCAGAUGUGAAGAGGAGGAGCGCAUGACGGCGAGGAAAUACUUUGCUGAACGAACAGAGAUGGAAUGGAAUUGGAUUGUCAGGGAGGAUAUUGACUACGGCGAUGAUUUUGAACCCUCAAAGACGCUUCAUGACCAUGCUUUUGAGCGAGCGUUUUGGUGUACUUGCGGCAAGACGGUCUCCCACAGGACAGUACCACGCUGUAUCUGGUGCAGAAGAAGGCAUCUGCCAGAAGGUGAAUGGCAUCAAGAGCGUCAGGAUAUUGGCUCGAAGCAUCCAUUUUUCGACAACGAUCCUGAUUAUCCCCGAUGGGUAAGCGAUGAAAAUAACAAGUAUCCGACUCCUUAUCCAAGGUUAGGCUACUAA